AAAAAUAAAACGAAAGAUAACAGACGCAGAGGAAACAGUAGGAUCAACAUUUGUCUUCGAAUAUUGAAUGACUUUGUCAAAUAAUACUCAGACGCUGUAUGGGACAGACGAUACAAUAAUUUAUUUAAUUUACUGAUUUACACAUCACUUUUUUACUAGAAAAAAAAAUUAAGUGAACGAUUAAUUCAAAUCAUUUAUAAAAAUUUGAAUUUAAAAUUUUAAAUAUUACCGGGCAAGUUAAUUUUGAAUUUUUAAAUUUUUAAUUGGUGAUAUUGAAUAUAUAAGAAUGGGACUAAAUCCGUUGACGUGGAAAUUUCGUACGCUAAUUUAUAUUUUGGCAAUAGUUUUUUUCUAUAUAUUUUUCAUUUUUAAAAAAGUUCAUCACGUAGUUGUUGAGGUUACUAUUGAAAAUGCAAGACCGGUAGAUGUGUGGGAGUAUGUGGCAGAUUUUAGUAAUGUGAAGAAAUUAAAUCCCACUAUAGAAAACUUUAAUAUUAUUGAUGAAACUGGAAAUCUUGAUCAUUGGAAGUAUUCCGUUCAUUACAAAGAACAUUUAAGUCAGUUUCCAUCAAUUCGUAACACGGCUCAAGGACACUAUUCCAUAAAACCUGAUGGUAAUGGUUUUGUAAUUAAUUCUGACCAUCGAACAUGUUUUUUCACAAAUUACGAUUGUGUUAAUUCAAAAUCUUCAUUUAAAUUUAUACCUGAUGGAAGGAACACAAAAUGUAUUGAAUAUGUGGACUAUGAAUGUCCAAUUGCAUUUUCAAAAUUUUGUUACAACGAAGUUAUGUUUCAACGUAAUGAAAUAAUGAACGGACUGCAACGUCACUUUCAUAUGAGGAACCGUCAAAAUAAUGAAAAUAGAAAACAAUAAGUUGUAAAAAUAUCGUACUUUGCAUAUUUUUGUACUUAAAAAAAUUAAAAAUUUUCAUUAUCAACAAUA